AAAAUACGCUAGCUGCUCGUUCUUCCUUUAUAUUCUUUGGUUGUAAUAGUAUUAUUUCGUCGCAUCAUAUGAUCUGAUCUGGCUGCGAUUCGGUUGGGCCUAAAUUUCUUCCAGUAAAAUUACUGUUACUAUUGCAAGUUGGGGUUACGAUACAUGAUCUUUGAAGAAAUACACAAAUAAAAUGGAUGGUGUGAGAUUUAAUGUUUUAAAAAUGGUUGUCGCAAGAUGGUAUGACGAAAACAAAUAUCUUUCUAUGCUGAAAGUGUUGUACAGAGAUCAUGUCAAACUUGGAAAACUGACAAAACUAACUAACACGAUGGACUUGAUAAAUGACUUGGUUAAGUCUUCUUAUCUGUCUCCAAGUGAUUUGACUAUCCUAGCCGAAACCAUUGCCCUAACUAAAAACUAUGCCCUUCAAGAUAUAAUCAAAAGCACUUUCCUGUCAUUCCCGGAUGUUAAUAAAGGAACUAUUUCAAAAACGUUUACACCUUACAGACAACGACUGAUGGAAUUUGGGAUGGCAUUGACACCAAGGGAUGUGACGUUGAUUAAUGGAAUAUACAACACGCCUCAUAAGCAAUAUGUAGACGGAUGGAUUAUGAUCAGUGAUCUAGAAGACCAACAAAUAAUUAAGGAAAACCAUAUGGACGGUUUCUAUAAAUUAUUGAUUACAAAUAACCUCCUCCACGCUUUGAAGGCACUACAAACAGAUAUUCCAGACACAUCAUUGGAUUUGGAUACACACUUGACUUUGGUAUCUAGGUCUACAUCUUCGGACACGCCACAAGUUCAAGAAGCGUAUCAGAUACCAGAUUUGUCCCCUUCAGAACUCAAUCAAUUGCUCGAAGACGUGUCCACGUGGUGGGAACUCUAUGGAAACAUGAAUAUGUUGAAAGUAAUACUUAGCGAAUUUAAAAGUAUUCCUUUGAUACUGAUGGCGGAGGAACAUCAGCCACGUUCACUCUUUGAACAUCUUAGAAGAAGUGGGCUUAUCAGCCAAUCAAACGUUGAUAUCAUCAUCGAAACCGUUUUUUUAGGUUUCCAACGUGGCUUAGAAUCAAAGAUUAGAGAAUCGAUACCGACGUUUCCAGGCUUCAAUGAAACUAAAAUAACCAAAUUUUCUAAUUAUCGACGAAAUUUGCUUGAAUUUGCCAAGGUAAUGGACGCAAAAAACAAGGAACGCAUUGGCUCUUUGUAUAACCUGUACGUACCCGAACUAAAGGACCAGUGGAUUUUGAUAUUUGAACUGGAGAAGGUAGGUGUACUUACUGAAGGCCCACAUGUCAAGCAAGCAUUCGUUAAAAAACUUGAGGAAAAUGGUAUGAUAGCUGAGGCGAAAGCACUGAAUACAUUUCCAGAAAGCAUUCCACAUGAAACAUUUUUAGCAGGCGGAUUUGAAGCCCAGUGAGCGUCGCACAUUUUAUUUGCAAACAAGAUUCAUCUGCAAAAUAUGUAAGAUUCGGAACGUGGCUCUUAACACUUCUGGUUACAAUAGAAGCUCAUAUGUAUACACAUUCAUAAAAUCAGACUCAUCGUUAUCAAGAUCAUUGCAAGAGGCAUCAUCAUAAUUACUUUAGCAUCAUUAUAAUCAUAUUCAAAAACAUUAUUAUCAGCAAUAUCAUUAUCAUCAUCAUCAUUAUCAUCAUCCUUCUCAUCAUCACACGCAUCGUUUAAUCACAAUUUUUCGUCGUAAAGUAAUUAGAAUAAGAUAUAAUACUUAUAGUAUAGUUUUGUUUAUUGUUAAUGCCUAACAUUUUCUUUGUACAAUUCUAGGCAAAGACAUUUUAUUUGUAGUUUUUGAAAUAAUGAAUGAUUUUGUGUGGUUAGACUGUUAAGCUGUUCAAAAAAUCUAUUUAAUAUAAAUGGUCGUAGAAAUAUUUGAAUAUAAUGUUUUCAGUAUAUUUGUCUAAACGUACGUAGCUGUUUAAAUUAAAUAAAGUUCGGUAUGGUGUUUACACACUAAUAUCACAUUUGUUUUGGUAGAAUUCGUAUAUUAUGGAUAUUGUAAAUUUAUAACGACACAUUCUAAUUAUUUUCUUAAUAUCAUCUUCACUUUAUUUUAUUUAAUCAUUAUAUAUUACUGGAAUUUCGCAAACCAACUAUUUUAUUUAGGUAUCUAGAAUGGGGCUAAAAAAAAGAAAAUUAAUAAAACAACAAAAUGAAGUCGGAAGACCUUCAAAAAUCUAUUUAAUAUAAAUGGUCGUAGAAUUUGAAUAUAAUAUUUUCAGUAUAUUGUUUAAACGUACGUAGCCGUUCAAAUUAAAUCAAGUUAAGUAUGGUGUUUACAAACUAAUAUCACAUAUUUGUGUGGAAUUCGUUUAUUAUGGAUAUUGUAAAUUUAUAAUGACACAUUCUAAUUAUUUUAUAAUUAUCAUCUUUAUUUUAUUUAAGAAUUAUGUAUUUGUGGCAUUUCGCAAACCAAACUUGUGUUUAUGUAUCUGGAAUGGGACUAAAACAAAAACAAACAAAAAAUGUUGAAAAACCUUUUAAAUUUAAUAGCAAUUUUGGAGUGUACUAGUACUCGCUGUUUACUUGGGCUCGAAUUCAACCCUGGCGAUGAAAUGCAUGUUCGGUUGUCUAGCUGGAGGUAUGAUGCAAGGCUAGUGUUCUGGAGAUCGUGUGUUCGAGUCUCACCCUAGAACAACUUGCAAAUUAUUUUCGCAAAUAUUCUCACACGUACUAAGUAUUUAGUACAUUUUUAAGUCAUGUUGGGCACAAUUACACAUAUUAUACUUGAUUAUCCAAACGCGAAAUCCUGGCCAGUUAUUGUCUAUUAACAACCACCAUUUAUGUUUCAGUACCCGCUGCUUCCUUGGGCUCAAAUUCAACUCUGGUCAUCAGACGCAAGCUCCGUGGCCUAAAAGUAUGAUGCCAGGCUAGUGAUUGGAAAAUCGUGGGUUCGAGUCCCACCCGUGAACAAUUUGAAAAUUAUUUUCGGAAGUGUUUUCACACGUACCAAGUAUUUAGUACAUUUUCAGGUCAAAUUAGACAAAAUUUCAUAUAAUUAUGAUUUUGAAUAGCUCAUUUAUUUUUGAUAUUUUUUAAAAAUGUUAUAAUUUAACAACUAAACUAUAAAAAUCGUAUUGUAAUUAACACAAACUAAAUUAAGCUAAUUCUUAAUUUUAAUACUCUUACACCUGUACUGUAUAUACUAUAAUUUUUGACUCUGCUGUUAUUGCUGUCUGCAAGAUAUGCAAUAACAAUAUUAUUGAAGAUGAAAUUCACUUUAUUUUGCAAAGGAGCAGAUAUAUUUCAAAAUUUAUUUACUUAUAUCCAUCUAUUAACAAGCUCUGUAUAUUAUUUUCAAAUACAAAAUAAUAUUAAUAAUUUCGCAAAAUACGUCUACUUUGCGUUUGAAAAAAGAAAUAAGUAUAUUAUGUUACAAUAAAUUAUGUUUAAUAUUAGGGCCAAUGGCCCAUGUACUUCCUUGAAUAGGUACAGAAAGAGAAAGUUUCAUUCUCUUUAUAUAAAAAUAUAAAUAUACUGAAUUUAACUAUUUUAUGGUAUGAUUAAGGCUUUUAUCUAUAAAUUCUAAUAACUUGUGUUUCUUUUAGAUUUAAGUCAGGCUCCGGAGUAAAAAUACUUAUAUGGGGCCUAACCAUCCUUUUUCCACCAGUUUUUCAAUACACCAAAAUAUGUAUCUCAUUAACUGACAGUACCCGAGUUCAACUUGUUCCUCUUUUGGAAAAAUCAGUUCUAUAACACAUCAUUUUUUUCCUCGAAUCAUGAAUUUAGGAUUUUUUGUAAAUAGAUUCGA